AUGCUUACCUUCACACUCGCCUCCGUCGUCGCCUCCGCCUCUUUGGCAUCAGCCCGCCUCACCGGCCUCGCAGCCCCCGCUACCCUUGCGCCUUCCCAACCCUUUGCCCUCACCCUCCUCACGGAGAACUACAUCCAAGCCGUCGCCGAUGUCUCCAUCGCAUGGGGCUACUCUCUUGCACCAGGCUACCCUUUGACCCUGGGAAACCCCAACGACUCCGCCUACCUUGGCCCCAGCAAGUCAAACCAGGUCGAGAACGUAACGAUCGAGACGACUGCGCCGAAGGAAUUGGAGAAUUGGAAGGGAGAGGAGGUUGUGCUGGCCGGGAGUCUGUUUAGCUUGUAUGGCGCGAGCGGGACGCCCAGUGUGACGAACUUUAAUGUCACUGUUACUGUUGGGGACGAAACCAGUGAUGAGUUGGUGAGGAGCAAUGGGUUCACGAGCGGCACUGCUUAG